UUCCGUAAGUUUCAGUACUAGGGUUUCCAAAAGGCCUAUUUUCAUUAUUAUUUUGUAAAGGAAGAAGUCAAAUAUCUGGUCAACAAGCCUAUCAUGACAAUGGAGGGAAUUGUAAAAGUUUGUCCCAUCACCGAGAAGAUGUGGAAAACACGUGCUAAAAAUGUUAACUGUGCAGGACUUAAUUCUUAUCAUUGUCUGUCUGACAACGAGGAUAGAAAGUGGGAGAGGUGUAUUGAGAAAUCCCUGAUAAAAGAAGGUAAUUGUCCAAUCUUUACAAGAAGGGGAUUCAUCGACUGGAAGCCAUGUAACAUUUCUCUGUCCACUUGCCCAAACACUUCUUACGUUUCUGAUGACGUUUAUAAGUAUCCAGGUUGUUUUGGUAACAACAGCAUGCAUGAAGAAUCAAUUUUAGAUCACAAAGCUGAAGACACCUCUAAAGGGUUAACCAUCGGUAUUGUUCUCAGUGUUAUGUUUUUACUGGCAGCUGUCCUGAUAAUUGUUAUCAUAAAAUUUCGGAGGAAAUGUUUCAAUCAAGAUGCACAAGAAGAACCAUCAGAACUACAGAGGUUAAUUCCAGAUGGGGUGCCAGAAGAAAUCGUGGAAAAGAAACACGUAACGGAUGGAUUCAACAAGCUUUUGCAGGAAAAAGCGAGAUCAAUAGUUGUUUUGGGGAAAAUUGGCAAUUCCGUUUUUAGUACCUCGCGUCUUAUCUCAGAAACAUUUACAAAAAAUGAGAAAUGGCAAGCACGGGAAUGUCGAUACACAGAUAUACCAAAGAAUGUAGAGAAAAACACAAUAAUGUAUGUAUACGGAUGGUUUGGUAUGUGGAAUGAUGAUCUUUGCUCAGAAAAAAUAGUAGAGCUGGCAUGCAAAUCCUUGAUACAAAUACUCAAGGAGACAACCAAUGUAAAAAUAAUAAUCGGAAUGAGAUCUGAUCUCUAUAUGAAAUAUCAUAAAGAAUUGGAUGAGGCGGGCAAUUCUCAAAAUUUGAAUUUGUUUCAUCAUAAAAUUUUUUUGGACUCUGUUGAUGCUAGUAAAGAUGUUGAAUACAAAAUCUAUUUCGAAGAAAAUAUUAAAAAAGUAUGUGAAAAAAACGAAUGUGCGUGCAAAGGAUUGACAUAUGAAAUGCUCCAAGAAGAGAAAGAUAUACUUGUUGGAUUGCCUAUCAAACUCAAUGUCAUUCAACGAUAUCAUGAACUAAUACCUUAUUAUUUAGAAAAAAUUGAUAUUUUGAAAGCAAUGGUAGAACAUUUUACCUCUAUUGAAAAAGAGACAGGAGUGAGACACGUUUACGAAUGGAUCAUGUACAUCUGUUUGAAAGGAAAAUUCAGCCGAUCUGAUCAAUUUGACACACAUCUAGUAGAUAAAAUGGGUUUCAAAAUUGAACAGUCUUCUUUCAAUGAAAAUACUGAACUAAGUAGAUAUGUAAGAAUGAGGAAUUCCGAUAAACUUAACAACGUGUCAUCUAGAUCUGUAAGCGCACAGUUUGUUUUCUGGCACCCAUUUAUCUACAUUUGCGCCUUUCAUCACCUGUUUCAAAAAGAUGCUGAAUUCCUCAUGAAAUAUUGCAAUGUAGACGCCAUUUUACAGCUUGUUCGACCGAGAGGAACUAAAACGUCAUAUUUUGAAGUCGCUGCAGAUGACAGGUGUGUCACUAUCUUCAAGGAAAGAAUAAGCCUUUUGGGUAUAGAAAAGGAGUAUUCAAAUAAUCCUUUAGUUAAAAUUGGUACAGAAAAUGCAGGAAAUGAACAGUUGAUUGCAAAUUCAAAUUAACAUGGAAAAUACAUGUACGGUAUAAGUGAUUGCUUUCCUGACAUAGAGACAAACAUACGGACAUAGAAGAAAGCAUUUAUUGCAAAAUCGGUCUUUUGUUAUGAUGGAUUAAAAUGCGUGGUUUUAAUUAAUUCAUGCCGUAAGGAAAUAAUGGGUGAUUUUGUGGAUUAAUAUGUACAUGCGUAAAGUGCUAUAUUUUUAUAGUAUGCUGUGUUGCGUUAAAAAAAACUUUGUUUUUCGAUGUUGGAAUAAUACUUGAUAUAUACCCAUUCUUAUUACUUGUAACAUUGAGCCUUAACAUUAUUUAAGUGGAUAGUGUGGCUAUAUGUUACACAAACAGUGACAUGCGUAAAUUAUUGUAAGUUUUGUUUUUAUACAUCUUAAGUUUAGGUUGGACCAAACUCACGCAGUUGGCAUUAUAGCUACCUUUUUCUAAAUUUGUAUAGUUUUAGACCCACAGUUGCAACCAGUUUGUAAAAAUCAAUGUCUGUUAUCACUUUGAAAACCUUCAAAUAAAAAGAUUUAGGACUUGUUUAACUGUUUAAGCUGGAAUAACAUCAUUUAGGUAAUUUGUGUCCUUUUCUACUUCUAUUUGAUGGCUUCUCAACUACUACACAGGGAUAUGAUAUGGUGUAAAUUAAACACCCUUAAAUAGCAGAUAUGUAGAGAUAAGCGUAACAACAGAUAUUGGGAAUGAAUAUAGUGGUAGUUGAAAAUGAAACGAAAGUAAUGUUUUUUUCCAAUCCGUGUGUUCAUAUAUUGUAAACAUUUUAAAGAAAAGUUUGAUUAUUUGUUGCUAUCGAUUUCUAAUAAAUUCAUCAUAUGAUUGGUGUUAAAACUCUUGCGUUUUGCAUGUACAUAUUAAUUAUGUCGUCUUCUUCUUUGUAAAAAUUUUGUGCAUUCAACACAUUGUAU